AUGAUUUUCUUUCUCAGAAAGGAUUUUCUUUCUCAGAAAGGAUUUUCUUUCUUGGAAAGGAUUUUCUUUCUCAGAAGGGAUUUUCUUUCUCGGAAAGGAUUUUCUUUCCUUUUUUGGGCAGGGAUUUUUUUUUGCAUUUUCUUUUCUUUCUUUCUUUCCUCUUGCAUUUUCCUUUCUUUCUUUCCUCUUGAAUUUUCUUUUCUUUCUUUCUUUCCUCUUGCAUUUUCUUUUCUUUCUUUCUUUCCUCUUUCUUUUUUUCUUUUCUUUCCUCUUGCAUUUUCUUUUUCUUUUUCCUCUUGCAUUUUCUUUCCUUUCUUUCUUUCCUCUUGCAUUUUUUUUUUCUUUCUUUUCUUUCCUCUUGCAUUUUCUUUUCUUUCUUUCCUUUCCUUUUCUUUUCUUUCUUUUUUCAUUUUCUUUUCUUUCUUUCCUCUUCCUUUUCAUUUCUUUUUUCAUUUUCUUUCUUUCUUUCCUCUUGCAUUUUCUUUUCUUUCUUUCUUUCCUCUUGCUUUCCUUUUCUUUUCUUUUCUUUCUUUCUUUCCUCUUGCAUUUUUCUUUUCUUUCUUUCCUCUUGCAUUUUCUUUUCUUUCUUUCCUCUUGCAUUUUCUUUUCUUUCUUUUUCUUUCCUCUUGCAUUUUCUUUUCUUUCUUUUUUUUCUUGCAUUUUCUUUUCUUUCUUUCUUUCUCUUGCAUUUUUCUUUUCUUUCUUUCCUCUUCAUUUUCUUUUCUUUCUUGCAUUGCAUUUUCUUUUCUUUCUUUCCUCUUGCAUUUCUUUUCUUUUCUUUCUUUCUUUUUCUUUUUUUUUUCUUUCUUUCUUUUCUUUCAUUUUCCUUUCUUUCUUUCCUCUUGCAUUUCUUUUCUUUCUUUCUUUCUUUCCUCUUGCAUUUUCUUUCUUUCUUUCCUCUUGCAUUUUUCUUUUUUUUCUUUCUUUCUUUCUUUUCUUUUCUUGCUUUCUUGCAUUUCCUUUCUUUUCUUUCCUCUUUCAUUUUUCUUUUCUUUUUUUUCUUUCAUUUUCCUUUCUUUCUUUCCUCUUGCAUUUUCUUUUCUUUCUUUCUUUCUUUCCUCUUGCAUUUUCUUUUCUUUCUUUCUUUCUUUCCUCUUGCAUUUUCUUUUCUUUCUUUCUUUCUUUCCUCUUGCAUUUUCUUUUUUCUUUCUUUCUUUCUUUUUUCCUCUUCCAUUUUCUUUUCUUUCUUUUUUUUUUCCUCUUGCAUUUCUUUUUUUUCUUUCCUUUCUUUUCUUUUUUCUUUCCUCUUGCAUUUUCUUUUCUUUCUUUCUUUCCUCUUGCAUUUUCUUUUCUUUCUUUCUUUCUUUCCUCUUGCAUUUUCUUUUCUUUCUUUCCUCUUUCCUCUUUCUUUUUUCCUCUUGCAUUUUUUUUCUUUCUUUUUCCUCUUGCAUUUUCUUUUCUUUCUUUCUUUCCUCUUGCAUUUUUCUUUUCUUUCUUUCUUUGAAUUUUUUUUUCUUUCUUUCUUUUUUUCUUUUCUUUUUUCUUUCUUUCUUUCCUCUUGCAUUUUCUUUUCUUUCUUUCUUUCCUCUUGCAUUUUCUUUUCUUUCUUUCUUUCCUCUUGCAUUUUUUUCUUUCUUUCUUUCUUUCCUCUUUCCAUUUUCUUUUCUUUCUUUCUUUUUUUUCUUUCUUUCUUUCCUUUCUUUUCUUUUCUUUCUUUCCUCUUGCAUUUUCUUUUCUUUCUUUCUUUCUUUCCUCUUGCAUUUUCUUUUCUUUCUUUCCUCUUGCAUUUUCUUUUCUUUCUUUCUUUCUUUCCUCUUGCAUUUUCUUUUCUUUCUUUCUUUCCUCUUGCAUUUUCCUUUCUUUCUUUCCUCUUGCAUUUUCUUUUCUUUCUUUCUUUCCUCUUGCAUUUUCUUUUCUUUUUUCCUUUCCAUUUUUUUUUUCUUUCUUUCUUUCCUCUUGCAUUUUUCUUUUCUUUCUUUCCUCUUGCAUUUUUUUUUCUUUCUUUCCUCUUGCAUUUUCUUUUCUUUCUUUCUUUCCUCUUGCAUUUUCUUUUCUUUCUUUCCUCUUUCAUUUUCUUUUCUUUCUUUCCUCUUGCAUUUUCUUUUCUUUCUUUCCUCUUGCAUUUUCUUUUCUUUCUUUCUUUCCUCUUGCAUUUUCCUUUCUUUCUUUCCUCUUGCAUUUUCUUUUCUUUCUUUCCUCUUGCAUUUUCUUUUCUUUCUUUCUUUCCUCUUGCAUUUUCUUUUCUUUCUUUCUUUCCUCUUGCAUUUUCUUUUCUUUCUUUCCUCUUUCUUUCCUUUCUUUCUUUUUUCCUUUUCUUUCUUUCUUUCUUUCUUUCCUCUUUUUUUUUCUUUCUUUUCUUUCUUUCAUUUUCUUUUCUUUCUUUUCUUUUGCAUUUUCUUUUCUUUCUUUCCUCUUGCAUUUUCUUUUCUUUCUUUUUCUUGCUUUUCUUUCUUUCCUCUUGCAUUUUCUUUUCUUUUCUUUCCUUCCUCUUGCAUUUUUCUUUUCUUUCUUUCCUCUUUCAUUUUCUUUUCUUUCUUUCUUUCCUUUCAUUUUCUUUUUUUUCUUUCUUUCCUCUUGCAUUUUUUUUUUUCUUUCUUUCUUUUCCUCUUUCUUUUCUUUCUUUUCUUUCUUUCUUUCCUCUUGCAUUUUCUUUUCUUUUCUUUCUUUCCUCUUGCAUUUCCUCUUGCAUUUUCUUUUCUUUCUUUCCUCUUGCAUUUUCUUUUCUUUCUUUCUUUCCUCUUGCAUUUUCUUUUCUUUCUUUCUUUCCUCUUGCAUUUUCUUUUCUUUCUUUCUUUCCUCUUGCAUUUUCUUUUCUUUCCUUCUUUCUUUCUUUUUGCAUUUUCUUCCUUGUCAUUGAUAAUAUUGAUUCUCAACAAUAUUUUCCACAUUUUAUUCAUCUCUAUCUCUCUCUCCAUCUCUCUCUCUCCAUCUCUCUCUCUCUCUCUCUCUCUAUCUCUCUCUCUCUAUCUCUAUCUCUAUCUAUCUCUCUAUCUCUCUAUCACUAUCUCUCUCUCUAUCUCUCUCUAUAUGCACACACAAUUUAUUUUUUGGUAA